AUGGGAUUAACAUACCUGAUGUUGAAUCAAUCAAAAAAAGAUGUUGAAUAUUUGGAGAACACCCUCAGCACUUAUUUACUACACCUGUUAAUGCUUUUUAAAGUAAUAUUACAUUUUUGGUCCCUGAGUGUAGCUGAUUUCUUCAGUUUUGGUCCUUCUUUGAGGCCCAGAAAUGUCACACGUCAAAAAUUCAUAAAGCAGCUGAACAACAUGGAUUCAUAUUCAGGAUCAUGUCCAUUUUUAUACAGGAUAUGGUAUGCUUUUCUUGGAAGGGUUGAUGUGUCAAUGAAGCAUAAUAUAUGUUGGAAAGUGUGGCUUGUAGAAGAAGUUGAUGAAUGCACUCUGAUAGAAAUUACUGAGGAGAUGAUGUUUUGUUGCUACAAUAUGAUAUACAACUGGGACAAUAUGUUGAAUCUUUUCAUUCCACUUAUUCUUUUUCCUACAUGGAACACUUGAAAUUGUUGGAUGACAUGGCGGAACCGAGUUCAACCUACUGUGUUCUUCAUGUUAUGAAUGCAUAAAGAAAGACGGUUUAAUGCUGCAUUGCUUAAAUAAAGAGAAUUGGGACAUCAGGGAAGGAAAAUGUUAAAAGGAGGGGCUGAAAUGUUAAAAGCAAGUGGUCAAUAUAAAGAGAGGAUGGUGUUUACUUUUGUGUUUCUAGUGAGGUAAGGGUUGAUAUGGCAAUGAAGCCUAAUAUAUAUUGGAAAGUGUGGCUUGUAAAAAAAGUUGAUGAAUGCAUACUCUGAGGAAAGCUCCUGACUGAGGAGAUAAAACACUAUCUGUUUUUAAAGGAACAACAUGGAGUCAUAUUAAGGAUCAUGUCCAUUUUUAUACAGGAUAUAAUACACCAAAUUGCUUGAAAUUACGUAAUUACCCUCUUCAGACCCAGGUAGGGGUUGAUGUGGCAAUGAAGCAUAUGUUGGAAAGUGUGACUUGUAAAAGAAGUUGAUGAAUGCAUACUCUGAGGAAAACACCUGACUGAGGAGGUAAUUUUUUUCAUUGUUUAAUAUAAUUAUA